AUGGACUCCCAUUCCUCGUCUCCGACGAUGACGGCGACGACGGCAACGGCCGCUCAGCAGGAGUCGCUCGAGGAAGCGUAUGUUCGCCUUUGCACUCAGCUGCUGCUACACCUGCAGCGCCGCGAGAUCAGUGCAGCGCUGCGCAUGGCGGAAGUCAUCCGGGACGUGCUCCUCGACUCGCCACCCACUGCAGAGCACAGUAACGGCUCAAGCACUGGUAGCGGAGUCGCGGGCUCGCCAUCUGGCGCAGACCUCUUUCACGGCAGCCCAGCUGAGCAGCUCUUGCAACUACGAGGUCAGCUGAAGACUUUGGCGUCGGCGGAGUCAACGCGAGCGCGAGGCGAUGACGACGUGGAUGCAGCAAGUGAAUCACAGUCGACCUCAUCAGAGACGGGAAACGGCAACAGUACAGUCGAAGCGAGCAGCGACGACGACGACGUGGAGACGGAUGAAACGGGGUUGGCUAGCAGCUCCGAGGACGACGAUGUGGAAAAGAUAGAAGAGGUAAUGACGGCGGGUAGCAGCAGCAGCCAUGGUCCACAGCAACAGCAGCAGCAAACGCCUGCCCGCCUCCUCGCAGAAGUGCUGAAGGCGUGGCCGAAAGCGUCUACGAAAUCCGCCGGUACUCCUCCAGCUGAAGCCUCCUCGUCAGUUCUAUCACUGGCGAAGAAUCGUACGAGCAAACCUGGUGAACUUCAGCCUCGUCCUCCGCUACCACGUCACAAGGCAUACGGCAAAGGCAAGGACAACGCCAGUGCGGUGGAGGAGGGGAGAGGCCUGACGAUGCCGGGCACACCAUCACCGCUACCGCCGCUACUUGGAGAAGGGGUCGCUGGCGAUGAAGACGAGAGCCUCGAUGCAGACGCCGAGGCAGUGUGGGUGCGAAUGCAGGCCCAGGUGGCGACGGAGAUGAAUCGACUUGCCAUAGUGCGCAAGCACCGAUAA